AUGGUUGUUGCAGCUGAUGAUAACCCUGGAAAAGGAAAGUCAAAGGGGAAACAAUACACCCGCAGCCGAACAGGGUGUCUGACAUGUAGACAGCGUCACCAGAAAUGUGAUGAGACACGUCCCGUCUGUGGUAACUGCUUGCUAGUUCAACGCCAAUGCGAAUAUCCCACUGCAGUCCUGCCGCUCCGAGAGCGCAGGAAGAAAUUCCUCCCGGGCGAGCAGCAGCCAUGGACCAAUGCGGUAACAAUUUCCAGGGCUAUUGGGCCUGGUACAUCUGUUGCGACCCGACCAAUAAGCAUGGCUUACAGAUCUGACGCUCUGUUUCACUACUCUGGACUGCAUUUUGCCUGGAACACAGGCCAGCUACAGUCCUUUGAACCUACUUUUCUAUUUCACAAGAUUGAGGCUAUGAAUAGCGUGAAUAAGUUUCUUCGGAACUCGCGUAUGAAGUACGCCGUUUGUGUUAGGAAUAUUGCGACUUUGUGCUUCACAGAGUGUGCGAUGGGAAACAUUAUCGCUAGUGAGACACAUUUGGAUGGUCUGAUGAGGUUUAUGGACCUUCACAGACCACCCCACAAGGCACCACUAGCAGAGUCUGAUCUAGAUGACGAGUUGGCGAAUCGAUACGUCCUAUUCUCAUACAACUUUAUUCACGGCUUCAAAAGCAGAGUAGAAGACGUUCUUAUCAACGGCAGUGUCACAAAGACAAGCCAGACGCCAUCGCCCGCUCUUGUGGAAAAGCUCAUGCACGAAUGGCACAAACACGAAGUACAAGGUCUCGACAUUAGACUAAAGUCGUUGAAGAUGAUUCCGUUCUUCUUUUCCGAACUGCCCCCAAAUACAAAGUUUGUUGAUAUCGAUGGCACAGCCACGGCGGAAUGUCUGGCUACGUUGACUGCCACUGCUCAGCUCAGGACGCAGGGGAUGGACUUUGAUGACCAGCAAAUGAUAUGGCAGGAAGGUGCCGCAACUCGACUUAUGCUGGCCUUUGUUGGCUCGCAUAUUGAAUCCAUAUCGACCGGUGGCAGGAAAGGAUCAGUACCGAAUGGUUCUCGGAUGGCUUCAUCAUGGUCUGGAAUGGCUGCAGCAACAGGUCUGUAUCUCCAUACGAUUCUCCGCUUCUGGAACGCCGGUGAACCAAUAGAGCCGCGUCUUCAUCGCCGUGUUUUGUUAGUCUUACAACAAGACUUGGAGCGCAGUCGACGAACGUCUCGUCCUCUUAACGAUCUUUGGUUCUGGAAGGCCUUUGUUGGUGCGAUGACUGUUGAAAGGCAAGUUGCUUCUCCUGCUAGAGGUGUAUUGAAUGAGAUGAAGUGGAUAUACGAAAGCUUUGUUAGGGAGUGGGGCAUUAUGAUUGGGACCACGACGUGGGAGCAAGCAAGAGCAGCGUUGUCUAGAAUUGUGUGGCCUGAGGUGUUCCACUCUGAGGGUAUGGCACAAGAGUUGUGGUAUAGAUGUGUUUCAUGA